AUGAGCGGCAACACCCUCACCCGCAACACUGGGGUGGCGGCUGACGAAGACGGCGACGUUGUUUUCAGCAACAAUGACAAUGGGAGGAUCGAUAGUGGGUCGAGCAGUUCGAGCGAUGGGCUGAGAAAGGGGGGCAAAUCCGGUGUUGAGGUUCGGCACCUGGACGAUGAUGAUGACAACAGCAACGAAGAGGCUCAACUUUUACACUCUGACAGCGAGGAUGACGGGUUGGAACUAGACGAGCUGACGAGCCCGGAUUCUGAUGUCGAGAACCGACCCUUCAGGAAGUCAAAGUCGCGGCAGCAAGGGAGGAAAAGACACCGGUAUUGCGACUGGCUUUGGGGUGGUCCUGCGCCUUCUAAAACGCAGAGGAUUGAACCGAGGGCGUGGCUGCUGCCGAGACUUCAGGCGGGGUUGGUGGAUGUUCUUGACUGUCUCUUCCCCCAGAAGUGGCAGAAGGGGAUGUUGUUAGUGGGGUUUGGGAUCGUGUGGAUGUUGACUGUUGUCGUGCCGGUGGUGUUAACCAAAGGAAAGGUGGUGGCCGAUGGGCAAGAAGUGAAGCAUCUCGGUUGUGUGAGCUCGCUUUGGGGGGGGAAUGCAGAGUGUGGGUUGGACGGGCGACUGUGUGAACCGUUUGGGAAUACGAGUGUGGCUUUUCGGUGUCCGGCGGAUUGUGCGGGCGUGAAGCUGCUCAAUCCACGGUGGGUGGGGAAUCAGCAGAUCAACUACCGGGCUUAUGUCAUUGGGGGAGGGGAGGGGGUUUAUAGGGGUGAUUCGUUUGUUUGUCAGGCUGGGGUUCAUGCCGGGGUGGUGACGGAUAAGAAGGGGGGGUGCGGGAGGGUGAAGUUGAAGGGGGAGUAUUACCGGUUUGAGAAUAGCACUCAGAAUGGGGUGGAGAGUGUACAGUUUGGGAGUUAUUUUCCUAUGAGUUAUGAGGUUGAGAAAGUGGAGGGGUGUGGGAGGGGGGAUGCGAGGUGGGGCCAGUUGAUUGUAAGUGUUGGGUUGAGUUUGUUGCUUGGGGCGGGGACACGAAGUGGGAAGGUGAUGUUCUUCGGGGGAUUUACGGGGGUCUUUCUACAUGUUGGUUUGGUGAGUGAUCCGCCUGAUAUUCAGGUGAUGAGCGGGAGGUUAGUACAGGAGUUGGUCGGGAUUAUGGUUGGGAGGUUGUUGCCGGCGGUGUUUGUUAUGGUGGUUGUGUACUGGGCGAUAGGGAGGAGAACGUUGAAGGACGUGGAUGAGGGGGCGAAUUGGGAGAAAACGUUGCUGUGGAUGGGAGGCUUGUGGUUGGGGGGAUUGACGAAUAAUACUUUCGAGGCGUGGAUUCCGAUUUCGAGGCUGGAGGGACAUGAUCUGAGGCAGCAGCCUGGGGCGGUGGUGGCACUGGUGGUUGUUGUGGGGGUGCUGAUUGCCCUGGGGACGUUGCAGGCGUGGCACUUUUGGCAAGAGGGGAGGUUGCCGAAGUUUUUGGCGUUUUAUGCGGGGGCGAUAGCGGUGAUUGCGACUUUGGUGGUGAUGCCGGGGUUGGAGCUGAGGCUUCACCAUUAUGUUCUUGCUUUGCUCCUACUACCGGGGACGGCGAUGCAGACGAGGCCGAGCUUGCUGUUUCAGGGGCUGUUGGUUGGGUUGUUUAUCAACGGGGUAGCAAGAUGGGGCUUCGAUUCGGUGUUGCAGACAUAUGAUUCCAUCAGGGGAGAUGGGCAGUAUGGGAGUUUGGUGCCGGACGUGGUGGCACCGUUCAUUGAGACGUUGGAGAUGGGAGUGAAGCAGGAGACGAUCCACUUCAAGUGGUCGGCGUUGGACGAUGUUGCAAGACUGAGAGAGAAGAUUGAGGGCAUCAGUGUGCUGGUGAAUGAUGUGGAGCGAUUUAGAGGGUGGUUUACAGAGACAAAGCUGGAGGAUAUGGUGUUUUCUUGGCCAAGGUUCAGAAAGGCUGAUGAAUACUUCAGAUUCUCUUUUGUCGGGGAAGGAGGGAAUACAUUGGAUUGGACCGAGGCGGGGACAUGGUUUGCGAACGGGACCUGGAGCAAGGGCGUGGGUUUCUACAAGAUCUAG